GGUUCAACUUUGCGAUGAUGCAAGGCUCAAUGCAAAAGAUUCAGAAGUAGCAGCGAAACAGAUUCAAAGGUGACAAUUCACUUCAGCCUUUGCAGCAUGGCAGGUCCCAAGCCACCGUGGACAGUUAAAUUCGAGAUCAACGUUUUCCUCCUGGUCGUAACAUUUUUCGGGCUGCUGACCAGGCUGUACAGGAUUCAGUUUCCAAGAGCUGUCGUGUUUGAUGAAGUAUAUUAUGGACAGUUUGUAUCUCUGUACAUGAAACAAGUCUUCUUUGUUGAUGAAAGUGGACCGCCUUUUGGCCACAUGAUUCUUGCACUUGGAGGAUUUCUGGGAGGAUUUGAUGGGAACUUUGUGUGGAACAGAAUAGGAGCAGAAUACUCCAGCAACGUACCAGUUUGGAGCCUCAGAGUGAUUCCAGCCUUGUCGGGUGCCCUGUGUGUGCCGCUUGGAUAUUUGCUGAUUCAGGAGUUGGGCUUUUCCUACAUCACAGCUUUGAUUGCAGCUUUGCUUCUUUUGCUUGAAAACUCCUUGAUUGUCCAGUCUCGGUUUAUGCUACUCGAGUCUAUUCUGAUUUUCUUCAUGCUGCUUGCUAUUGUCUCAUAUCUGCGUUUCUGCAAAGCUCCAAGAGGUUCAACUGUCAGGUGGCUGUGGCUAGUUCUGUCAGGCACGUCAAGUGCUUGUGCAAUUGGAGUGAAAUACAUGGGGCUAUUCACUUACCUGCUGCUAUUGGGCUUGGCAGUCCAUCACGUUUGGGAUCUUAUCGGAGACAAGACCUUGCACUUGGCAGUGGUUGUGAAGCAGACUGUGACCCAGGUUAUGGCACUCCUAGUGUUGCCAGUGGUUCUGUACUUGGCUUUCUUCUACGCCCAUUUAAACAUUCUCCACAACAGUGGGCCACACGACCAAAUGAUGAGCAGUGCGUUUCAGGCUAGUCUAGAGGGUGGCCUGUCUCGAAUAACCAAAGGUCAGCCGCUGGAGGUGGCCUAUGGCUCUCAGGUGACUCUUCGCACCAUCUCCAACAAGCCUGCGCCAUGUUGGUUACAUUCACACAAGGAGAACUAUCCUGUCAGAUAUGAAAAUGGCCAUGGCAGCUCACAUCAACAACAAGUGACCUGUUACCCUUUCAAAGAUGUCAACAACUGGUGGAUAAUUAAAGAUCCAGCUAGAACAAGCCUUGUGAUCAGCAGUCCACCAAGACCAGUUCGUCAUGGAGACAUUGUGCAGCUGGUCCAUGGAAUAACCGCACGCUUCCUCAACACCCAUGACGUUGCUGCUCCUAUGUCUCCUCACCACCAGGAAGUGUCGUGCUAUGUAGACUUCAAUGUGUCAAUGCCCAUGCAGAAUCUCUGGAAAGUGGAAAUAGUAAACAGAGACUCGGAUGGAGAAACCUGGAAGACUAUUUUAUCGGAAGUGCGCCUGGUCCAUGUCAACACAUCAUCUGUGCUGAAGCUUAGUGGAUUCCUUUUGCCAGAUUGGGGUUUCAGGCAGAUGGAGGUGGUUACUGAUAAAGUCUAUAAAGGCUACCAGCAAACUGCAGUGUGGAAUGUGGAGGAGCACCGCUAUGGAAGAAGCGAAGAACAGAAGGAGCGGGAGCUGGAACUGAAUACUCCCACUGAGAUUGACAUCACUUCCAAUCUCAGUUUCAUUUCCCGAUUUUUAGAACUACAGUGGCGGAUGCUGUCUAUAAAAGUUGAGGAAUCAGAACACAAGUACAGUUCUUCACCUGCAGAAUGGAUUACCAUGGAUACCAACAUUGCAUACUGGCUUCAUCCUUCAACUAAUGCUCAAAUCCACCUUAUUGGAAACUUUGUAACUUGGACAUUGGCAAACAUUGCAUUGGUCAUCUACAGCCUCUUGUUUUUGGUUCAUCUCCUCAGAAGACGCAGGAAAAUUCAAGAUAUAUCUGAAGAAAGUUGGCGUCAGAUUGUAGAAUCUGGAGCGGUCUGUGUUGGAGGCUGGGCUGUGAACUACCUCCCCUUCUUCACUAUGGGGAAAACACUGUUUCUGUACCACUACUUACCAGCACUCACCUUCCAGAUACUGCUCAUCCCGAUUGUUCUGGACCACAUCCACUCCCACAUCCUCAGGUCUCAUUCCCAGCGCAGGGCAUUUAGAGCGGUGAUCUUGGCUGUUUUGUGUGCGGUGUUUGUGGCAUACUACUCCAUGUCUCCCUUCACCUAUGGCCACGUGGAGAUGACUCCUGAUCAGCUUGCCAAGCUCCGCUGGAAGGACAGCUGGGAUAUUUUACUACGCAAGCGCUGAUGUUCCUGUAGCAAUAUGAUCAUACAGAUAGCGCCAAAGAAUUGUCCAUUAGAGUAAGAUAUCCCAAACUCCUACCCAAUGGAAAGGAGUGUAUUCAAGAUUGGUCUCCUAGGGGGGUGUUGUACGUUUGGUGUCGGCUUGCAUAAGACAGAGCCGUCUCUAUAUACGUUUCUGGCAUAAGAUGUGCGCUACCGCCAUCUACAGCGCAAAGGGAGCUCCAUUUAUUCUCAGUCUUAAAGGGGUAUGCCACUAUUUUGGAGCUUAAUACAGUUAAAAUCGUUGGCCAGGGUUUAUAAAGUGAAAGUCAAUGCAUCUGUGUAGCAUGCUCACUAGCUUAGCGACAUGCUCCCUCUUUUAACUUGUCUUAAAGCAAGACAACGCUUAACAUAAAAAUAAGACACUUUACCACCUUUAUAAGCCCCAGCCAACGAUUUUAAC